AUGACCUUAACCUGGUCUGUAAUUGUUGAAAGUGGUCUUGGAAAUGGCAGCAGGAUAUCCGUAGCGGAGCUGGGAGUUUCCUGCCAUUAUGCACCACCAUCCCAAGCCGGAGCUGAUCCAUCGUCAGGGUGGGCACCAAAAAAUAUGAAUCGAGCAGGCAAAAAUCAACCUGCGCCUGCAGCUAGAGCAAACCGAGUGCAUCGGGAUCCACGACCUAAUGGCACCAAACAUGGUCGAGCUGCAAAGCAUGAACACAGGGAAUGGGGAGAUCGCCAUGGAGAACUGAAAGAAGAGAAAGUUGCUCCACAUAAAGACGCUUGGACGAAGUUCCUCUCCAACGAGGAUCCCGGCCAAAGGACGGUGUUCGAUAGCGAACUUGAAGAUCGAGUGCUUGAGACGGAAGAAGAGACGCUUCCUGAGAGAAUUUCUCGAAUCAGCGCCGAUGACCUUGAGUUCCAAAUGGCAUAUAAUGCCAGCAAGAGCUCGUCGGACAAUGACUGCGAACUGUUAACAAUCCUUACCUAUGCUCCUCAAGUCCAAUUUGUCACUGCCACGGUCAAAAGAGCUAAGGCACUGCCGUACAAUAACGCUCCCUUCGCCCGGAUAAUGCUGUUUGAUGGCAGGCGACUUGUGGAGCAAAAACAGACAACAGUCAAUCCUUCCGUUGGUCACAAGUCUUCUUUAGAACGACUCGUGGAGCAAAAGCAGACAACAGUCAAUCCUUCCGUUGGCCACAAGUCUUCUUUAGACACGUCUUCCAAGCCGUCGUCUUCAUCUGUAUCAUCUUCACUAAGCUCUUCAUCCGGUGAUGCGUCCUUCUCUGAGUCUUUUCUUUUCCACGUUACUCCGGUGAAAUUGGAUCGAUGUCAUAUAGUCAUAGAG